UAUUACUUCUACCAAUGACUCCUUCCUGCGGUGCUUCUGGCAUCAUGUGACGGGGAGUGGUAGAAAAACCAGGAAACAAACCACAGCUCGAGUCACAACAAAGCUGUUCAUCAUGGCCUACCAGGCUGGGAUUCCAGGGGAACCCAAUGCUUUGGUUCAUAACAUCAGCUCCAACAUCCAGAAGCUUACGCUGCUGACCUCUGAGCUGCAGAGGACAGUGUCUCUGCUGGGAACGGAGCAGGACAGCAGCCACCUGCGACAGACACUACAACAGAAACAGCAGCAAGGCAACCAUCUUGCGAAGGAGACUGACCGGCUGAUCAAGGCAUUCAGUGCACUUCCUGUUGGCCCUGAUCAGCGGCAGAGAAAAUUACAGAAAGAUCGCCUGCUGAAUGACUUCUCCGCCGCCCUAAACAGCUUCCAAAAGAUCCAGCGACAGGCAGCCGACAAAGAGAGAGAGUUUGUGGCUAAGGUCAGAGCCAGCUCCAGGGUGUCGGUCAGCCAGUCUGAGGACAGCUUUGCGAAUGUGUCUCCCUUUUCAGGUGAUUCCCAGCUGCAGGAUCAGACUGAGGCCAUCACUGAAGACGACCUUAGGCUGAUCGAGGAGAGAGAGUCAGCCAUCAGACAGCUGGAGUCUGACAUCACAGAUAUCAAUGACAUCUUCAAGGACCUGGGGGUGAUGGUACAUGAGCAGGGAGAUAUGAUAGACAGUAUAGAAGCUAAUGUGGAGAAUGCAGACACAAAUGUCCAGAGUGCCACACAGCAGCUAGCACGGGCUGCGGAAUACCAGCGGAGUUCUCGAAAGAAAAUUUGCGUCCUGGUGAUACUGUUGGCCGUAGUUGGUGUUGUAAUAGGACUUAUAAUCUGGGCGGCUGUUCGCAAAUGAGGGCCUCCUCAUUUUCAGUCAUCAGCCUGGACACGAGAUGAAGUUCCUCCCCUCCGCUCCUCUGCCACCCCCUUUUCUAACCCCUCUCAUGUGGGGCGUGAUUGAGACUGUCUUUCUUUGGUUUGUGUCAUUUUUCAUUAUUUUUUUCAAGAUAUUGUAGUCCUUCCUGACAGGACUGCAUUCUCCUACAGUGUGAAAUAAAGGCAGCGCUGGUAGCUUGAUUGUAAUCAGAUUUAUUUGACUUCUUUGCGUCUGAUUUAUGAUUUACUUUGAUAGGAACGUUUAAAGAUUGUUUUCAGAGGGAGCUGGAGUAUUGCUGUGUUCAGUGAUAGUGCUUUUGGCUCCAUCAGCUCCCAAUGAUAAAUCAAAUGCAGUAUCAGACAAUGCUUCUGGGUCCAGUGAAGCAGCAAGUUUCUUUAGUCUCUUAUUGCUGCAGCUGCUUUCUUUCAUCAGGGUGGAGCCCACAUGCUAAAACUGUUUCAGCAGUUAAUCUAUGAAUGAAGCGCACUAUGUAAAUUGUUAGCAAAUAAACUAAAGUUAGCUUUAAACUACAUUCACUUUAUUCCAAUGUAUUGCUUCAAGUAACAAGUCUUUGCUUAAUCUACUAUAUUCCAUGCUUUGUUAUGAUUAAUUAAUACUAUUAGUUCAUUUCUAUUCAAAUUAAUAUUGUUGUAUUGUAAUGAUAGGUCAAGCAGUAUUGUACAUAAACAUCAUAGAUCUUGUAUUUAGAAUGUUAAAUUAUAGACCACUAUCAGCCGAUCACUUCAAAUAAUAAAUGGAAGAGUUGGUUGUUACUUCAAGUGGUGUCACAUUGCAUGUGCAUGAAGGAAGAGCCUUUUUAUUAAAUAAAAAUACACCUGUGGCACCAAACACAACAAUGUACGUAAUGUUUUAUGGUGGGCAAUGCAGGCAAGGGUUGCACUAUAGUUGGAGUUGUGUUUUAUGGUUUGUUUUAACCUACUUAACAGUAGUUGAUUAGAUCCUGUCGUAGGCUGAAGGUGACUGCUGUGGGUCUGAGGACAGGUCUAAUCAGCUUGUGUGGGUUGAUCAUUGACAGUUUUCACCAUUUCUGAGUGACUGCUUGUUACUAUUAAUGCAAAAUACUGUAACACUCACACCACUGUUCUCACAACAGUAUGGCCUAAUUGUAAAACUGUGAUUGAUGUUUUUAAUGCUGAGCUGUCUAUUGUGUGCUGAAUAAACUACCUGAUCAAACAGA